AGGUGACAGCCGCGACCAAUUUUUGCGUAGGUAGGUGGAUAGGUACGCCACUAUUUUUGUGUUCCAUUGGAUUGUUUGUGAAUUUGUGAUUUGUGAAGCGUGGAAAAAGUGUUUUUGAUAUUUUCGUUUGGAAUUUAGUGAAUACAGUUCUGUUUUAAGACUAGUGUGUUAUUAUAGCAUCGUUGGAAGAAUGUAGCUUGCACAGUGAAUUGUACAGCAUGCUUAAACAAUAAAUUAUUGCACCCAUAAAUGAUUUCUUAUAAAAAUGUUCAAUUUGUUCGUAUAAUAAUGUACUAUUUAUCAAAAUACACUUGAAAUGGACUUUUGAAGACAACAUUACUUUAUUACUACAUAGAUAAGAUUAAAAUCAACAUAAUGGCGAAUGUUAAUAAGAACAAAUUUGUCUUGCCGCAGUCUGAGCACGCAACAUUUGCUAGAGAGUAUAUGAAAAGGAAAGUUUUGUGGAAUCGAAAUGCUAGUUUUGUUGAUAAGACGGAAGCUCUGGUGUCACUGGCCGCGGCGCUCGGGGUGUGCGUCAACCCGCGGGUUCUGUACACCUACUGCAUCAAAUUCAGGAAGAGCCACGAGAAAAAGGUGCGAUCAUACCUGAUACAGGCAAUUGAGAAGAAUUUUCCUCCAGAAUUAGCACUGAAGCGGCCCGGUGUGAUCGGCUGGGUCAGGGAGGUAGACGCUGAGCUGCAAGUACUUCCUAAAGUUAUACAACAAUGCCGUCUGACGGGCGAGUUGGCCUUAGAAGAAAAAAGCCAGAUAGUUUGGACGAUAUUCGUAUACAAAUUGAUAGAGCACUGCCAUAAGGUGAAGCGGUUACCGGACCCAGAGGAUAUACAGGCGGUGGUCACAGAGUUGAGGCUAAACAACAGCGUUGAGGUCUUCCAGAAGCUAUGGACGCAGCAAAAAAGGAUAAGCCUUUACAAAUACAGGUGUCUUUCGCACACUGGAGACAAAUUUUUAGAGUCUUUCGCAAUGACGCAGCUGGAGUGGAGGAUCGUAGACCUAAUGGCGCUCUAUGUAGCAGGCUUCUCGCUAAUCUAUGACGGGUCAGUGAAAGAGAUUGAUUUCGUUAUAUCGGAGAAGAGACAGAACAAGGGAAAUUGGGUACCGGAAGUGUUACAAACGGCCAUAAAUAAAGUUUUAUCCAACGAAUUGACAACAAAACAGGCGUCUAAUAUCUACAAUAUACCGAAGAGCACGCUGACAACUAAAAUCGGUAUAUUGAAACGCGGCGAGGAUAUUCACAAGGGUACCUUCAGGUCAAACGUGCAGGUGAAGCAGCUAGUCAAGCUGUGUUACCUGGUGAAGGUCUACGGGGUCGAGGAGACGGGCACAGACGAACAGAUGAGACAGAAGUGGGCCAUGGUGGUUCGGACUUACUCUAGAAAAGAUGAUACAUCCCCGUCCGGUAUUGUCCUGCAAAUGCGUUGGCACGAGCUCAAACAGCUGACGCGUAAAAAUAUUCUGGAUCGAUUAAAGGACAGAACGCACAAAGUGCACCCGUUAAUGGUCGAGAUUGCCACAAAAUACCCGCACAUACUUAAGGAUUCUGACACAUGGGCGCAAAAGGUGACGUCGGGCAAAGUUUACGAUGUGUUGAAAGUUUCAAUCCAGGGGGACUGUCAGACAGAUGGAGAAGAACAAGAAGAAAGAGCUAACAUCGAACAGGAUAAAAACGUAGAUGCAGGAAGUGAUUUCGAUAGUGACGAUGACAGACCUUUAGUUAUAGCUGAAAAUAAACCCACAACGUCAAACAUACACACAACAUUAACUGAAUCUAACAUGCUAUCAUUACACCGGUUUAAAGAACCAAUCAAAAGCAAUAAUGAGGUGAUAGCUAAUAAAGCUGUUGUGAAUCUAAAAAAUGAAGAAGUGGCAAAGCUAGGUGAUGAAUUAAGCACGAAUUUGGAUUCUACAAUGAGUUAUUCCGAAUCUCAAUUAAAUGAUAAUAUAUCAAAUAUUUAUUUUGAUGCACCCCCUGUAACGGAAACACGGGAGGACAACAAUAAAUAUGAUAUUUUAGAUGCAGAGUUAGAAAAAUUGGAAGAAAAACUAAAUGAACAAUUAAUUGCUUUGAAAAAAAUACAUUUACGCACAACAGAUACCAACCAUGACAAUCACGUUCUAAGUACAGAUAAUAAAGAUAUAGAUUCAAAAUUAGAAACAUUGGCAAUUAAAAUAUUGGACAAUGACAAUGUUGUGAAAAUGAAACCUGAGUCGUCCAAAGAAAAACAUGCCCAUCACAGCGCUAAAUCUAAUGCCAACAUUAAAAAAUACGGAGCUAAAAAAUUACAUUCAACCAAACAUAGUUCUGGCCAUGAAAAUCACUCUAAGUUUGCAAAUAAAAAAUCUAAAACUAAUAAAGAUGAAAUAAAUAUAGACAGUGAACCUAAAUCAGAAUUAACGAUAGGUAAAGUUUGGCCUGGUGGUGUUAUAUCGUCAGUUUAUACCUGCAAUCAUCCAAACAGAUCCGAUUCAGAUCACGCAUCUACACAAAAUUCUAAAAAUACCUUCAAAAUAACGAUUGAAGCUAAAAAUGGAUUGCUACAUGUGAAUACCAACAUUGCUAAUGAUCCUAUGACUAGCAAUUGUCCAGAUGUAUCUAAAGAUGAUCCCCUAAUUAGCUCAAAGGAAAGUGAUAUAGAUUUGUUGCAAAAAAUUGAUCCAACUCAAGCUGAAACUGUUCUAAUAUUUUCUGAUUCUGACAUUGAAGAUGACAAAGUGCUUAAGAAAGAUCAAGAUGAAAAAAAGACUUAUAACCUCAACGAUGUUAAAAAAUACUUAAACAACCAUAGUUUGGAUGAUAUAUUGAUGAAAAUGGAUAAUAUUAAUGUCAAAAAAGGGCUGACAGCAGGGAAAACUGAUGACAACAGAAUUUCUACAAGUUAUAUUCACUUGUCUGAUGAUUCGGAUGAAGAAUUAUCGAAAAUCCAAAGCAAUGACGAUAUAACAGUCAUCAUAGACGAUGAUAAUGUGAAUUUAAGUAUUAACGAACAACACAAUAGCUCAAAAGACAUUGUUAGUGCUUCAACAAAAUCAAAUGAAAAUAAUCUGCUGUUAGUGCCUAAUUUAAAUAUUCAUGUACCUGCUACAAAAUUAAGAGAAUUUAGUAAAGAAAUACCUCAAACAAAUAUAACAACUAAAAAUACGCCUGUUACGGUAAAAGUUGAGAAUGAUGUAGAUAAUUCCAGUAAUACAACUAACAAUUACCCAGCGUCAAGAAAAGUGCGUAAAAAAACAACAGAUGUUGUGAAAAAGUCUGAUGCGUUACCGAACGGUUUGAGUCUAUUCAAACUACAAGACAGAUCGAGUAAAGAGACUUUAGGUGUUCUAGUUAAUAUCAAAAACUCGAUGAAAACUUCUGAAAUCACCGCCCAAAUUUCUAAAAAAGUAGAUGAAUACUUUAAUGACACGACACAAAAAGAUCAAUCAAUAAUCGAUAGUGAUAAAAAUGAGUAUAUUAAUGAUGAAUAUUACAAUAUUAUUAAUAAAAAACGUGAGAUGACAAAAGUUAAUGAUAGUGCGAAUGAUGAUUUGUUGAGAAAGCUUCUGGAUAGUAGUGUCACAAACCCAUUAUCAUCACACGAUCAUUGUCAAGAAAGUAACGAUGAAGAAAAGGACAAGGGCGAAAAUAAUCAAACUUCUAUAGAUCCCAAACUAGUAAUGGACGCACGUAUUUACCUACAAAAACUAGACGAAGUCGAUUCUUAUAACAAAAAUCGUAGAGUGAACUAUUCCAUCAACACUAAAAGAAUAAGCAAUAUAGGCUAUAGGAUGCUGAAUUACAAAAGGAAAAGUGACGACCCUACUUGUAUACAGUAUGAUAUUAAACCCAAUGUAGCAGUUACGAAAAAGAAAUCGCACCAUGUAUAUCAAAGUAUCGCUACUAAACGUCCUAGAAAAAAUUCUGAUGACAAAUUGAGUUCUUAUAAUCAAAAUGUCGCUGCUGCUAAUAUACCUGUAAAAUUGAGAAAAGACCUCUCGGUAGAUGAAAUUAGUAAUCAAGAAUAUACUAGAAAAAAUGUUUCGGGCAAAUGUAAUAUUGUGCAAAGAAUAAAAUUCGAAACGGAUGAUGAUAUAACUACUGAUAUCGAACAAAAUACCUUUGAAAAUAAUAAUAAAGACGCGGAAAUAAAUAAUAAAGAUGUGGAUGCGACCCAGAAUGUUGAUAUUAGUAAUACAAGUAUAAAUGCACAUUUAAAUGUACAAAUUACCAAUGCGCUGCCUGAUACAGAUAUUAACAAUUUCAGACUGACAACAGAUAUUACAAAUUCAAAUCGUGGUAGUGACGCAAUGGAAUUAGAUGAUAUCGUAGACAACACAUUAUUAUUAGAUUCAUCAAACAGUAAUAUUAUAAAAGAAAGUCAACAAAAAGAAACAGAUAAUAUCGACUGUGAACAAAACAAGGAAUCACGUGACAAUUCAAAUAAUAAAAAAGAUAUUAAUCUUGAUAAUAAAGAAAUUAAUAAUUUAGACACGGAUACGAAUAAACUAAUUAAAAUUGAGAUAGAACCAAAAUCGAAUGACAAUAUAAAGACACAAAUCUCGAUAAAGUUCGAAGAAAUUAACACAAAUGAACGUGUUAGUGAAAAUAAACUAAUCGAAAAAUAUGAGUCGUGUUCAGACAAUGAUAUUGAUUUGAAAACUGUAAAAAUACAUAAAGACGUCGGCACAAACGAUGAAGCUUUGGAUGAUGAUUCGAAAACGCCUGUAAACAUUGUACAAGAUAUGAUGAGACUGUGCAAACCUGUGAAGAUUUCAUUGAAAAGAGUUAAAAUCCAAACCGACAACAUUAAAGUCAGGAAAGUGGAGCUCCCCGACCGCUCCAGCCUGAAGAGGCGCCGCGCUCCGACCGCGCACGUCGCGCCAAUCAGCAUUACCUUGCCUCUGAAAUGCGAUACUGAAGCUGAAGAAACGUCAGAUGCAGACAUCGGCACGUUACUGCACCAAUUAUCUGUGGAGACCGCAUCUGAAUGGCAGCGGCUGGAAGGUUCUGUUAAAAAUUCCUGUCAAGUCAAGCGAACAAGAUUACAAGACAGCUCAUGUGCACUGGAGAAGGAAAAAGAAAGGAUUCUCACUCGGAGAGUAAACAAAAAGAAGAAGCCAGUCAUAGAAGUGAGCAAGGGCAACACGCCGGACGCUGAUGAUUUACGUUUGCAAAAUAAGGAAUGGCAACGUCAGAAAACAAUGAACAAUAGAUUUUUCGAUUUAACACCUAAAUAUACCCGUCCUAACACAGAUCAGGCACAAGAUGGAAGAAUUAAUAAAGAUAAACAUGGCAAUAGGCGAGAAUCAAUUUCAAAUAAAUCUGAAGGUGAUAAAAUACAUCGCAGCGAAACAGAUCUAGCUGUUAAAACUUUAAUUGACGCUACAAAUAAUGAUAAUGCUAGUGCUGAAACACAAGAAUCUUAUGAAGUCAUUACUAUAGAUAGCAUAUGGACUAAAGCGGCAAAGAAAAAACUAGCCAAUUCGUUAUUCUUUCCACAGAAAGAUGUCUCGAAUAAAUUGAUGCCAUUGUUUACGAAAGUUGAAAAAAAGCAAGAUUACUUGAUGCCCAUAGCUACAGAAGUUGUGAAAAAAGAUAUACCUAUCUUGUCACUUUUAAAAAAACAUAGGCUUAAUACGGAGGUGAAGAGUGGUCGGCCAAGAUCACACAUUUUACCAGAUAGAUGCAAUCUUAACCUGUUGUAUAAUAAUGACGAAACGAAUACUAAUUCUCAAAUUAUACCAUCAACUUCUAGAGAUAUUAUUACGAAAAAUCCAAGAUCUUUACUUAAAUCAUUAGAUAAUCAACCUGUGUUAUAUUUUUCCGAAGAUUCGGGUGAUAGUUUGGGAUUUGAAACUGCGGUAGAGGAAGACAACUCUAAUACUGUUUAUGAAACAGCAUGCGAUGAAAGUGAAACGAACAGUUGUGUCAUUGAUGUUAAACAAACCCAAUCCAGACUAACAUCUGUAAAGAAACUUAAAAAUAAAACGGAUACGCCUUUAGAGACUAUUACUUUGACCGACAGUGAUUCUGAAACGCGGCCCGAUUGUCUAAACAAUAAAAUUAGCAAAUCUGAAACUGAGAAUGAAAUUAUAAAUCCUUCAACCAGUCCCAACUCAAUAAACCCACCUAUCAAAGUGAUUGAAAAUGCUUUAAGAAAACUAGGGUCCAAGAAUGGUCUUGAAUUGAUGGAAUCAGUAAAUGCGGGAGUUCGAAAGGAUAGUAAAGAUCAAGAUGUUCCACAAAUCAAAAAUGUCGUUUCUGUCACUUCAGUGAUUGAUGUUGAUGAUUCUAGUGACGAAAUUAAUAAUGAUAAAAGGGAGCCACAGGCUGAUAUUGUCGAUAAAGUGGAUUCGAUUGCACCUAAACUUGUUACUCCGGUUCUUACAGUUACUGGACUGAUGCCACAAAUAACAAACGUAACUUCUAUGGCAAUCGAGGAACCCGAUGAUGUCGAUGCUAAAAAUGAAUAUUCACAAGGAAAUAUCAUUACUGAAUUAAUGCCAAAAAUUUGUAAUGUAGCUUCUAUGGCACCUAGCAAAUCUGUUGAAAUAUCUCCUAUAGAUGACUCUAAGAGUGACACAAAACCAAUAAACUCUGAAGACGAAUUUGAUUCUGAUUGUGAUAACCUCUGCAUUGAUGAAAACCUGAGUUUUAAUGAAGAUGAAGAAAAUAAAGAACUAGAAAAGGAAGAUUCCUCGCCAAACAAAUCGUCUGUCGAAAUAAUUUCUCAAAAUAAACAUACGGCAUCGUUUAUUCAAAGCAAAUUAGAGACUAACAAUGUUAAAAUUACUGAAAAUCUUCCUAUAGAGGUUACAACAGAGACAAUUGUUAUGAAUAAUAUAGCUAUAGAAGAAUCGUAUCCAUUAUUAUCGAAUCCUGAUAUUAUAUCAAGAGAAAUUCUCUCCAUUAACACAAUUAUAACUAGCAUUGAUCAAAAUAAUGACGAAGACGCACUUGGUAAUAAUAGAAAUUCCAAGAGUAGUGACAAUAAAAUAAUUAGCAACGAAAAUGUAAUAUCAGAUUGUAGUGACAGUUCUAAAAUUGAUGCGUACGAUUUUGCCAACACAGAGUCUAAAACCGAUGAGCACAUAAAUAAUACUCCAGAUAUUGAUGAAAACGAUAAAAUUGCAGCAUCUAAUUCAGAUAGCGAAGAACAGUUAAAUAUUAAUAGCGCCAAAUCCAACUUAAGAACGUAUCAGGGAAAAAAGGAGGUGAAUGUUGAUGGGAAAAAUGAUGCUUCAGGAAACUCUAAGCCUCGUCCAUUCCUAAAACUAGUUCCAAUACAAAAACUUCUAGACGAAACCAAAGUGGCUGAUACAACUGCAGAUGAAGAAGAAAUAAAAAAACCUGAAAAUAAAUGGGGGGAUGAAAAAACGGAGAAUGAUGUCAAUUCGGAUACGCUAGGGGUUAAAAUGAGGGGCGAAGCCAUCCCCUUUGUUUGUAGCUCUAAAACUGAUGACAAUACUUUACCGAUGAUCAGUAAUGUGGUGUCGCUAUCUUCGGUUAAGACACCUGUACUAGGCAGCGCGAAUUCAGUUGUGCCAGAUUUCCUCGAAACCACACAUAUUAUCACACCGUCCAGACCAGAAGCAAAAAUAAUGUUUGGUGAGCAAUUCUUACGCGACAACCCGCCGCCGCCGCCGCCGCCGCCGCCGCCGCCGCAGCAGCCGCAGCAGCCGCGGCUGCGCGCGCGCGACGUGUCCGCGCGCGCGCCGGCGCGGGUCGCAGACUUCGUCCGGGACAGAGACUGCACCGACAUCUCCCUGCUGUGCCUCGACCUGAGCCGCCCGGUCUGGAAGGUGUACAACGAGUACCUGAUAGUGACCAACCUGAAGGUGCCGCUGUCGGAGCCUUCGUAUUGGUCGCAGGGAGGCCGUCGCGAGUGCUGCAGGCUCCUCAUGGACGCCUCUUCUGAAGGUUCGACAGUGGUGGGCGCGCUGUCAGUUCCGGACGAGGUGUUUCUGGACAACCACUGGUACCGGAAGCUCAGCACGGACCCCAUGAUCUAUGCUAAGGUCUGGUUCGUAGUGUCCAACCCCAAAACUUUUCAAGAAAUGAUAAAUUUGGACAUGCCAAUGAGUCUGUACUCCAUCUUGACCGGCGCGUCGAUACCGCUGACCAUUCUGAAAAGCUCAACUACGAUUGUCAAGAAACCUGUUCACAUCUCAGCUGGUGACAAGUCUGAGGGCACAAACAACGAAGUUAUUACUUUAGAUAGUGAUGAUGAAUAAUGGAAAUUAAGAGGACAAAGACUAUAAAUCUAUUGUUUUAAAAAGGCUCAGGUUUUAAUAAUAAGUACGCCUUUUACAUGUGUUUGUAAUAAAUAUGUGACAAAGAAGGUAAUGAAUAUGAAUGAAUAUUUGUUGACACUAUUCGGCAC